AGCGGAAUUUUACCAAACAAAGAAAACGAGUAGAAUUCAGAAUUCCAUCUCUCGGGUUAAUUGUGAAUUUGUGAUGAGAAGAAAGCGAAGACGAUUGGAAGUCUUCGUUCAAUAAUAACUUAAAUUUCUGGGGAAUAAACUUACAUACACUUCAUACCAUCUGACCAUCAGCGUCACAUGGGAGAAGAGCCACCUCCACCGUUACACAACUUUUUCCUCCACGCCUUCCUCUCUUCCCACUCCUUCAGAAUCCUUCUCCAGAGCUCAAUUUAGGGUUCUUGUUGUUCCUCUGGUGCCAUCUUGCUCUUCUUUUGCACUUGCAGAGCCGUUCUAAUUGUUUCCGUUUGUCCCCUUCUUUGCGCGCUCAUGUUAUUUCUCUCAGAGUCGGGCAGAGCAGCAUUCAUGUGGGCUUCUUUGAUGCUAUCGUCGUUGUCCUCGUGUCACUGAUCUUUUUUUUUUUUAUUUUUCAUUUCCAUUGUUUUAUUUUGAGUUUUUGAUUUGGUGGGUCUUUGUGGAUCGAUGGAGGAAAGUAGAUUGUGUCAGUGGAGCGUGUUUCGGUCUCUUCUCGCUAUUGUUCAAUGGUGGGCUUUCAAUGUUACAGUGAUUAUCAUGAACAAAUGGAUCUUUCAGAAAUUGGAUUUCAAGUUCCCUCUAUCAGUAUCAUGCGUCCACUUCAUUUGCUCAGCUCUUGGAGCAUACAUAGUAAUUAAAAUUCUUAAGCUCAAGCCACUGAUAGAAGUUGAUCCUGAAGACCGUUGGAGAAGGAUAUUUCCCAUGUCAUUUGUUUUCUGUAUCAACAUUGUCCUGGGAAAUGUUAGCUUGCGGUAUAUUCCAGUUUCCUUUAUGCAGACAAUAAAGUCAUUCACUCCUGCAACAACAGUUCUUCUGCAGUGGCUGGUUUGGAGAAAAUACUUUGACCUGCGCAUUUGGGUUUCUUUGAUACCUAUUGUAGGAGGAAUUCUUCUUACCUCUGUUACAGAGCUUAGUUUUAAUAUAUUUGGAUUUUGUGCUGCUCUAUUUGGUUGCCUGGCUACAUCUACAAAGACUAUCCUUGCAGAGUCUUUGUUGCAUGGCUACAAGUUUGAUAGCAUAAACACAGUGUACUACAUGGCACCUUUUGCAACCAUGAUCCUGGCAGUCCCAGCAAUUAUGCUAGAAGGGGGUGGAGUCAUGAACUGGUUUUACACACAUCAGUCUAUUUGCUCUUCGCUUGUCAUAAUUUUCAGCUCUGGGGUGAUGGCUUUCUGCCUCAACUUCUCCAUCUUUUAUGUCAUUCACUCAACAACUGCUGUCACUUUCAACGUCGCUGGUAAUCUUAAGGUUGCAGUUGCUGUCAUGGUUUCUUGGAUGAUAUUCAAAAAUCCAAUCUCAGCAUUGAAUGCCGUAGGAUGUGGAAUCACACUCAUCGGCUGUACAUUCUAUGGGUUUGUGAGGCACAGGCUUUCACAACAACCUCCAGGAACACCUCGAACCCCUCGGACACCGCGAAGCCGGAUGGAAAUGAUCCCUCUUGUAAAUGAUAAACUAGAUGAUAAAGUCUAAUUUAGAGUUUUCCAGUUAUAUAUCAUUUGGUAAAAAGAGUAAGUGAAAACAACCAUCUGUCAUGUAAACCUGCAAUAGGUGAAUAGUAAGAUUGAGUUUUCCUUCUUAUUAUAGAACAUUAUGCCUAUACGGAUUCAAUUUGAUGAGAAAAGUGUGGUCCACUGUUUAAAGUUGCUUGGGCAAUGCCCUUGUUCAA